AUGAUUAAAUUAGCAAAAGAAGAACGGAAUCCUAAUUCGAAUGAUAAAGAUGAAAAUAGUGAUAUUUUAAUUAGCAAAAAAAAAAUUGAAGACUUAAAAAAAAGUAUAGAAAAUUUAUUAUAUGAUGAAAGUUCACAAUCUGACUUGAAUAACAUAAAAAAUUCAUUGAAGGAAUUAGAAUUGUAUUCAAAAAAUAAUAAUGAUUUAAAUAGUGUAUAUAAGAAAAAUGGAAUGAUAAAUAAUACAUAUAAUAAUAAGACAUUUGAGCAAUUAAAAGAUGAGUUAAUAAAGCAAAAAAAUUUGAAUGCUUGCUUAUCAGUAAAACUUAAAAGUAUUCACAUUAAAUUGAAUAAUCUUUAUCUAAAAAAAAGUGAACUUGAAAAAAAUAUUAAUAAUAGAAUAAAAGAAAUAGAAGAACAAUUUCAGAUUUUCAACAAAGUAAAUAAUAAACUACCAGAUCAAGAAAUAUUAAAAAACCAAACAAAAGAUGAGAAUGCAAAUUUAGAAAAUAAUGGAGAAAUAUUAUCAUUAGAUAGGGCUUGUGAUGUUCUAAACCCUAAUAGUGUAGAUAGUAAAAAUGGUAUUAACAAAAUUAUAAAUUUGAAAAAUGAAGAAAUUGAAAACUUCAAAAUUUUGUUAAAUGAAUAUGAAAAAAAUUUAGAAAUGUAUAAAGAGAGAAAGAUGAAAAUUGAUUUUGAAUUAAAAUCUUGCAAACAAAAAUUAAAUGAAGAAAUAGAAAAAAAUAAUGAUUAUAUGAAUAAAAUAAAAUCUUAUGAAAUGCAUAUAAAUAUUUUUAAAAGUGAGAAUAUUAAAAUUGUAGAAGAAUUAAAUUAUUUAAAAACAGAUUUAGAAAAAUCUAAAAGUGAAUAUGAUAAAAUUCAGUUAAAAAAUAAAUUAUUGAAUGAUGAAAAAAAUAGUUUAACUGAAAUAAACGAUGAUUUAAAAAAAGAAAUAAAAAAUAUGAAAUCAUUUUUAAAUGAUUCAAAAAAUAAAGAAAAUAUUUUUAGUAGUUUUAUAGAAAAAAUUAGUAAUAUUAUAUUGUAUUUAAAAAAUAAUGAUGAAUAUAAUUUCCUUAAUGAUAAUUUUAGCAAUUUAGAUUUUGAUAGUGAACAAAUCUAUAUGCAAACAGAAUUAUACAUAGAUAUCAUUUCUUCUUCAAUAAAACGAUUAAUCAAUAUAAAAAAAGGAUUUCAAGAAAAAAAUGACGAAUUAGAAACACUUAAAAAUGAAUUGAGUUUAUUACAAAAUGAAUUUUCAAAAAAAAGCAAAAAUUAUGAGGAAAUGAAAUUGAAAAUGGAUCAUUUAAAAUUUCUUCAGCAAAAUAAUUUAAAGAUAAAUAAUGAAAAAGAAAAUUAUGAGAAAAUUAUAAAUGAACUGAAGGAAAAAUUAGAUAGAGAGGAGAAAGAAAAAUUAGAAUUAAAAGAAAAAGGCAAUUACAAUUUAUAUAAAAUUAAAGAUUUUCAAAAAAAGGAAAUAAAUCUACUCAGUGAAAUUAAUAAAUUAAAAAAUUUUUUAGAUAAAAAAAAGAUGGAUUUUGAAAAAACUAACCAAAUAAAUUCUAUAAAAUUUGAAGACAUGAAAAAUAAAAAUGAUGAGUUAAUAAAAAAAUUAAGCGAAAUAAAUAAUGAAAAAGAAAAUUGUGAGAAGAUUAUAAGUAAAUUAAGAGAACAAUUAGAUAGAGAAGAGAAAGAAAAAUUAGAAUUAAAAGAAAAAGACAAUUACAAUUUAUAUAAAAUUAAAGAUUUUCAAAAAAAGGAAAUAAAUCUACUUAGUGAAAUUAAUAAAUUGAAAGGUUUUUUAGAAGAAAAUAAAAAAAUUAAGGAAAAAGAAAAUGAGAUAAGUAAUAAGAAACUAGAAGGUAUGAAGAAUAAGAAUAAAGAAUUAAUAAAAAGUUUAAGUGAAAUAAGUAAUGAAUUAAAAAAGUGUGUUAACCAAGUUAAUAUAUUAAGUGAAAAUAUGAGAAUAGUAGAAAACGAAAAAGAAAAAGUUAAAAAUGAAUUAAACACUUUAAAAUCAAAAAAUGAUAUGUUAAAAAAUGAAUUAGAAAAAAUAGAAAAGAAAAAUAAAUUAUUUAAACUAAAAGCUCAUACAUCAAAUAGCAACAUUUCCAAUCUAAAUAAUAAAUUAAAUAAUGUAAAUAGUAAAUAUGGUAAAAUUGUAGAGCAUUUUAGUAAUUCGAAAAAACAAUAUAAGGAAGAAUUAAAAAAAAAAGAUGAUGAAAUAGUCUUACUAAAAAAAAAUUUGAAUUAUUUAAAAAAGGAAUUACAAUCAAAAAAUGAAGAAAUACAAAAAAAUUUAGAAAAAAUAAAAGAUAUUGAAUUAAAACUAACUUUAUAUACAGAAAAAAAUGAAAAACUAAAUGAAGAAAUUAAAAGGCGUAACUCUUUUAUAAAAAAUAAAGAUAAAAAAAUACACUUUUUAACUAAUGUAGAAAAUGAUUUGUUAAAAAAAGAUGAAAUUAAUAAUAGGAUAUUGUUAGAAAAAAAAAAUACUAUAAAAAAUAAUGUAUUAGAAUUACAAUUUUUAAAAGAAGAAAAUAUCAAAUUAAAUGAUCUAAUUAAAAAAUUAAAAAGUCAAUUAAUAAAAGGGGAGCUAGAUAGUAGAACAGUUAACAAAGAAAUAGAAAUUUACAAAAAUGAAAAAAAUCAGAUAUUGCUAAAUUUAGAAAAGAAAUUAUCAGAAAAAGAAGAGUACAUUAAAAGUAUGAAGGAUGAAUUAAUAAAUAUACAAAACAAAUUGGAUGAAAAAUUAGAUACUAAAUAUGAACUAAAAGUAUUAAAUGAUAAAGUAGGAGAAUUAACAAAAAUUAAAAGUAAUUAUGAAAUGAAAAUUUCUGAUUUAAAUAAUGAAUUAGAUAAAAUUAGUAAAAGAUUAAAAGAUGAAGAAUUUUUAAAGGAAGAAGAAAAAAGAAAAUAUAUAGAUAUAACAUAUGCCUUAAAGGAAUGUGAACUGAAAAUUAAGGAAAAGGAAAAUAUAAUAGAAUCAUUAAAGAGAAAUGAAAGAAAUUUAGAAGAAUCAAAAUUAGGAGAAAAGUUUGAAAAUGAAAAAAGAUUAAGAAAUAAGUUUGAAGAUGAAAAAAAAAUCAUAAUAGAAGAAUUUAAUAAAAAAAUUGAACUAGAAAAAGAAAAAUACGAAGAAAAAAUAAACUUGACAAAUGAAAAAUAUAGAAAUAUGAUUGAAGAAAUACAAGAAGAAAAUAAAAAAGAAAUAAAAAAAAUGCAAAAUAUUUGUGAUAUUAAUAUGCAAUCUCAAUUAUUAAUAAAAGAAAAUGAAAAACAUUUGCAAAAUAAAAUUGAUGAAUAUAGUAGAUUAUUAAAAGAAAAGGAUGAAGAAAUUAAAACUAUUAUUCAGGAAUUUGACGAAAAGAUGCAGAAUCAAAAUAAAGAAAUGGAAAACUUAAUAAAUGAAUGUGAAGAUAAAUUAAAAAAAGCCAAAAUAAAUAAAAGAUUAAAUAGUAAUAACAGUAACAUAUUUAUUAAUGAAGACAUAAAAGAAAAAGAAAAAAAAAUAGAGAAUUUAUUAAAUGAACUGUCAUUAAGUAAACAGGAUAUAGAUAAAUCAACAGAAAAAAAUCAUCUCUUAGAAGAGACCAACUUAAAAUUAUCAAAUGAUAUUAAUAACUUAAUAGAAGAAAAUAAAAAAUUAAAAAAACAAUUAGAAGAUGCUACUUCAAGUAUCCAGAAAAUUGAGUUAAAUGAGGAUUUACCAAAUGAAAAUUCUCAAAAAAAAGAACUGUACAUACUAAAAAGAGAAAACGAGGAAAAAAAAACAGAUAAUGAAAUGACUAUAAACGCUGAAGGAAAUAAUAAAAUAAAAGGAAAUAAAGAAAAGAAGAAAAAAAAGAAGAAACAUCAGAAUAAUGGUAAUGAUGAAGAUAAUGAAACACUAAAAUUGUCAUUAGAUAUAUUAAAAGAAGAAUAUAAUUUACAAAUCGAAGUAUUAAAUAAUACAAAAAAGAAUCAUUUGGAAUAUUUAAUAUCCUUAAAAAAUAAAUUAGAUGAAAUUAUAAAUAGAUUAAAAGCAAAGGAUGAUACAUUACUAAAUGACACUUUUAGUAAAAUUAAUUUAGCUUUCACUUCAUGGAAUAUAUUUAAUGAAGAAAAUCAAACUAUAGAAAAGGAAGAAUCUUGUAAUAAUCAAGAAUAUGAAACAUUAAAAAAUGAAAUUACAGAAAAAAUUGAAUUAAUUCAAAAAUUAAUUGGAUAG